AUGGCAGUGAAAUACUUGGACGGGCCCUUCGUGUUCAGACUUAACGACAAUGGUACAGGACCUCAUCUACUUAUACAGGUUUGCACGGAACGCGGCUGGAGAGAAUACACUGGCGAUAAUAAUGUAUUCAAAGAUCGAUGGAAUUUAUGGUGGCGGUCCGGUGGUUUCCUUUCGCCUCAUUACAGGCCGUUGCCCUGGCAGUUCGUUAAUAGAAUACCGAAAGGGAGCUCGAUCUGCAGAAAGGACAAUCUUAUUCGGCACUUGAGAUGCAUGAAGAAGAUGCACGGCUCAAUCUACGAUUUCAGUCCCACAGGAUACAACCUGCCGUCGGAAUACACGAAGUUCGCGGAGGAAUGCAAUCGUUGCGAGAAAGACGACAGAGUUUGGAUCUGCAAACCAGUCAGUCAGAGUCAGGGCAGAGGAAUCUUCCUAUUUCGUAAACUGAGCGAUCUCACGUACGAUAACACGACAGUGGUGCAAAGGUACAUCGAGAACCCCCUUCUAAUCGGAGGUUACAAAUUCGAUCUAAGAUUGUACGUGUGCGUACCCUCCUAUCGUCCUCUGACGAUAUAUCUGUACAAGGAAGGCUUGGCACGUUUCGCCACGGAGAAAUUUUCAUUGGAACAUUUAAGCGAUUCUUUCAGACACCUCACCAACUUCUCUCUGAACAAGUUAGGCCCGGGAUACGCGGAGAAAAAGGAGCGUGUCGGUUCCGGCUGCAAAUGGACUUUCAGACAACUGAGAAGGUAUUUCGAGCAAGCUGGUUACUUCGAUUGGUUCCUCUGGCAGAGGAUUGCUUGUUUAGUGAGUUUGACGAUACUGAGCCAAGCAGCGGGUAUACAAAGAUCUUCUAAUUGCUUCGAAUUCUUCGGCUUCGACGUGUUGAUCGACAAGGAUCUGAAACCAUGGUUACUAGAGGUCAAUCUCAGCCCAGCUUUGAGCAAUGACUGUGAGAUCGAUUCGGAGGUGAAGAAACCGUUACUGCACGAUCUGUUCGAUUUACUUGGUCUUCCGGUAUGCAACACUGGACUUUCCCUGUUCACAAUAUGGUCGACAAGUCGCGUCAACGACGAGAUCGAAGAGUCUUCCAAGUUUUGUAAGGGUCGAACCACAAAGAAGAAGUCCAGAACCGGUCGGGAAACAGACGGUUUCGUGAAUUUAUGCACAGAUCUGCAACCUACUCUUAGACAAUCAACUCUACACGAUUGUUCGAACUCGUGGUCCCGUUACAAUCCUUUGUUAGUGGACAAGUACAUUCCCCGCGGUUUUCGAGGCACCAAUCCAGAGAAUCACGAUAAAACAUCGAUAUGGGACAAUGGAAAAGACUGGAAUACGCCGUGUGUGAAAGAGGGUGGAUGGGUCCGCAUUUAUCCGCUGACUCGAGCGCAGCCUGACGACAACGCGGAGUACGUGUCACCCUCGGUUCCUGAAUCAUCAAGAAUCGUAGAGAAAGAAGUUAGAAGCACAGUUCUUUGUAUACAGAAGUAUCUAAAAGCUGCCAAAGGAGUACACAAGAAGUCCGAAAAAUGCAGAGACGAACAAUGUAAUGCUAUGCUUCGGAAAGCGCUGGAAUUGAAUACAGAAAUAUGGCUGCCAGCAAAGUAAUUAAAUUAGUCAGAGGAUGUUCUUUAGUUGUUCUGUCUGUU